AAAGUUUCUAUUUCGCGCAAAAACGCUGUUCAGUGUCAUGGCGUCUGUCAUUACGUCACAGCUCGAUAAACUUCAGUACGUCAAUAGUAAACAUUAGAUGCUUGUUUAUUAAAUCAAGUUAUUUUGCGUAAUAAAUAUGAAUUCAAAAGUGUAUAAGUGUUGUGUGGUCCCUCGGUGCACUAAUACAUCUAUAAAAACCCCGAAAAAGUUAUUUGUUUACGUCCCAAAUAACAAAACAAUGAGAUAUAAAUGGUUGACUCUUGCACGGCGAGAUCCAAAAGGUUUAAGUGUAAAUUCUUCAAUUUAUUUCUGUGAAGAUCAUUUUGAUUUACCACAUGAUAUGGACAAUUAUAUGGAAUAUCAUGUAAUGGGUUCGGUGUCGCAAGUUCGCAUGAAACCAGGCUGUAUUCCCACAAAAUUUGAAUGCCAGAUAGAUAGAAGAAAACGAACAGCUAAUACGAAAGAACGACCGUACAUUGUCAAGAAACAAAGACUGGCACUAAUUGAAGAAUUUGAAAAAAGUUUGGAGAAAAAAAGCAUUACUAAUAAACAUUUAGAGCUUGGAGAAGCUUCAUCCAGCAGUUCAGUUUUGCAUGACAACAAAGAAGAAAAUUUAACAGAAAACAUUGCCUCGAGAACUGCUGAUAAGUCUAUUCAAGUAUUUAUUACUCACAAGUUUAGAAGUAAAGCCGUUCAAACAGAAAAUAAAUUAAAAAAUCAGAUGACAUCACCCUUGAAACCUCAUACCCAUUCUGUUUCUACGUCACCAUUUAAAGUUAUAAGAGGAAAUUUCACAUCGCCAUGGACAUCCAAAUUACAUAAACCUUCAAGGCAAAUAUAUCCCCCCGAAGAUCAAUCUGAUAGUGAUACUUCUUUUACAUCAUCUGUAAUGCACAGAGAAUCAUCAACAUCAACAGUAUCUCUCCAAAUGAAAUCUAUAUCAGACUGCAGUGAGAUGAUACAAGAUGAUAAAAAACAGGAGGAAUCUAAAAUUCUGCAAUGUACCUUGUUUAAAAUAACAAAGAGCCCGCGUUCUUACAUUGGGGUUCCUAAAAGCUGUUACUACUUAAUUGACUUAAUAGAAAAACAUACAAAGAUUCCUGCUAACAAUAUACUCAUGUGUCUAAAGAAAAUUAGAUUAAAUAACCCAUUUAGAGAGCUUGCUGAUGACUUUACAAUGACUCCAAGUCAUGCUAGCAAAAUAUUUUUUAAAAAUAUACCUUUAUUAGCAAGUGUCAUGCGUCCUUUCCUUGUUAAUUUAAAUAAACAUUCCAUAAAAAGUAAUUUACCUAUGGCUUUUAGGCAUAAAUAUCAUAAUGUCAGUUGUAUCAUAGACUGCUUAGAAAUAGAGGUACAAAAGCCUUCAAAGGCCUUGCAUCAGUCGCUGACAUGGUCAGAAUAUAAAAAGGCCAAUACUAUUAAGUAUCUUGUAUCCUGCACUCCCAAUGGUUUAGUUAAUUAUAUUUCACCUGGUUUUGGAGGUCGAAUCACAGACACAUGUUUAGUGGAAUCUUGUGACUUUGUAAAGUGCUUGCAAUCAGGCAUGCGUGUGAUGGCUGACAGAGGUUUUAAGCAUGUGGAGCAAUAUUUACACAGAGAGAGAGUGCAACUAGUAAGGCCUCCAAGUGUUACAACAGGGGAAAAACUUUCUAGAGCUGAAGCAAGGGAAACCAAACAAAUUGCUAGUUUGCGGAUCCAUGUAGAGCGAGUGAUUCGGCGAUUGAGAGAAUUUAACAUGUUAAAGCCACAUGCAUGUCUAAAUCACAAUCUUAUCAAAGUACUUGAUGAUGUUAUUACCAUUGCCUGUGGUUUAAUUAAUUUACAAGAUUCUUUGAUUAAAUAAAACUAUAGAUUAAUUUAAA